ACAGAUUUUCCCAGCUCCAGAGCUGGAAGAUCUGAGAGGACCUGGUGUGCCCCGGGGGUUCUUUUUCCUGAGCCCUGAGCCGGGAGCUUGGAGUUCCCGAAUUUGUCCCUCCCUCCUCUGCACCCGGCAGCGACUGGUCGCCACCUUCUCACUGGCAAUCCAGAGGGAAGAGGGGAAUCAGAGAGAUGUUGUGGCUGUGGUUAGGGCUCAGUGGGCAGAAACUAUUGCUUUGGGGCGCAGCGAGCGCGGUCUCCCUGGCCGGCGCCACUAUCCUGAUCAGCAUCUUUCCGAUGCUGGUAAGCUACGCGCGGAAAUGGCAGCAGAUGCGGUCAAUCCCGUCGGUGGCCCGCGCCUACCCCUUGGUGGGACACGCGCUUUAUAUGAAGCCCAACAACGCAGAAUUUUUUCAGCAGCUAAUUUAUUACACAGAAGAAUUUCGACACCUGCCGAUCAUUAAACUUUGGAUUGGACCCGUGCCCCUGGUGGCACUUUAUAAGGCAGAGAAUGUGGAGGUGAUUUUGACCAGUUCUAAGCAAAUUGAUAAAUCGUUUUUGUACAAGUUCCUACAGCCAUGGCUGGGACUAGGACUUCUUACAAGUACGGGGAGCAAAUGGCGCACCAGGAGGAAGAUGCUAACGCCCACUUUCCAUUUUACCAUUCUGGAGAACUUCUUGGAUGUCAUGAAUGAGCAAGCAAAUAUAUUGGUUAAUAAGCUUGAAAAACACGUCAACCAAGAAGCCUUUAAUUGUUUUUUUUACAUCACUCUUUGUGCUCUGGAUAUAAUCUGUGAAACGGCUAUGGGGAAGAACAUCGGAGCUCAAAGCAAUAAUGAUUCCGAGUAUGUCCGUACAGUGUAUAGGAUGAGUGAUAUGAUAUAUAGAAGAAUGAAGAUGCCCUGGCUUUGGUUUGACCUUUGGUACCUUGUGUUUAAAGAAGGACGGGACCACAAAAGGGGACUCAAAUGCCUACAUACUUUCACCAACAAUGUCAUUGCUGAACGAGUCAAAGAAAGGAAGGCAGAGGAAGACUGGACGGGUGCUGGCAGGGGUCCUAUCCCCUCCAAAAAUAAGCGCAAGGCUUUCCUUGACUUGCUUUUGAGUGUGACUGAUGAGGAAGGAAACAGAUUAAGCCAGGAAGACAUCCGAGAGGAAGUUGACACCUUCAUGUUUGAGGGUCACGAUACAACUGCUGCUGCAAUCAACUGGUCCUUAUACCUAUUGGGCACGAAUCCAGAAGUCCAGAGGAAAGUGGAUCAGGAGCUGGAUGAAGUGUUUGGAAGAUCCCAUCGUCCUGUCACCUUGGAAGACCUGAAGAAACUUAAAUAUUUGGAUUGCGUCAUUAAGGAGACUCUCCGAGUUUUCCCAUCUGUCCCUUUAUUUGCCCGGAGUCUUAGCGAGGACUGUGAAGUGGGCGGUUACAAAGUCACAAAAGGAACGGAAGCAAUCAUCAUUCCCUACGCACUACACCGAGACCCCAGAUACUUCCCAGAUCCAGAGGAAUUCCGACCAGAGCGGUUCUUUCCUGAAAAUUCCCAAGGACGCCAUCCCUAUGCCUAUGUGCCAUUUUCUGCUGGACCUCGAAACUGUAUUGGUCAAAAGUUUGCUGUCAUGGAGGAGAAGACCAUUCUUGCCUGUAUCCUGAGGCAGUUUUGGGUAGAAUCCAACCAGAAGAGAGAAGAACUCGGCCUGGCUGGAGAUUUGAUUCUUAGGCCAAAUAAUGGCAUCUGGAUCAAGCUGAAGAGGAGACAUGAAGAUGACCCCUAACUCCAUCCUCAAGCUGUGACUUUAUUAAUGAAGAUCAUUCCAUAGGAAACAUGGUAUCUGUAAAUUUUUAGAUUAUGAAUUGAAAACUAUGAAUCUUCAAACCUAGUGUUUUUCCUUUCUUGUCCCCCCCACUCCUGCACCCCAGAUCUUGGGACACAGUCUAUCACUGAGAAUUUUGGUGUGUUUCUUACCAACAUGGGUGCCACAUCACACUUGGUCUCUCUCUCGAGGGCACAGUUAGCUAGCUGGAGCAGCACUGACAUAAACAUGCAGGAAAAAUUAUAACAGAGGGACCAUCGGCCUGCCCAAAGAUCAUCAUUUAAAUGAAAUCUCAGAAUUAAGAAAAUGUUCUCAUUGACUUGGAAAUUCAUAUAUCAUUUGAAAAUGUUGGGUCACUAAGCCCUCAGGAUAAUGGGCUUAAGUUUUUAUGAUGUCAUCAGAGAUAUCAGUUAUGAUGGGAGUAGUUGUUAAAACACUUUCAGAUUUUAUAAUGAAAAGCAGGCCCCUUGCAUGCCCCUGUCAAGGUACAGUCACCUCGUGGACUGUGUGCUAGAAUCUUCUUUCUGUUCUCAGUCGACACAAUAACGUUAGACAUCUUAUUACUGGAAGAUAUCCCUCUCCAGCACAUCUAACCUCUCACAGAAGCUUAGUUAGUGGCUUUUGAAGUUCAAGUGGCCACAGAAACUUCCUGGUUAUGUGCCAUUCUAUUAAGAAUAGGGGUAUGGAGUAGAGGAGACAUCAAAUUUCUGCCAUGGCUAAAAGUAGCUAAAAUGUCUACACUGAGGCCUCUCCACUUCCAUUCUGAUUUACUCUCUCCCACAAUAUAUUUUGGUGUUGUGGAAGUCAAGACCGUGAUUGGAUGAGUUAGAACUCAGGAUUUAUGUCCUUGAUGUGGCCAUGUCUUUCUUGUAAUUCCUCUACUUUUAGUAGAAAGAAUCUUUCCUUCUAUAUUUAGUUACACUGUAUGAUCGCACUUGGUUCAGCCCGAGACAUCUAAUUAACCCAGCCCCAUGGAGUAUUCUCCCCAAGCUGUCAACUGAAUUCCAUUCCUUGCAUUUUAAUUUGGCACACAAGGCUACUAUUCCUCACACAAUGACUUUUAGAAACUUCUCUUAAUAAAUCAUUUUUAACAGCA